UUCCGAAUUAUUACGUGGGUCAUAUUUUGUUAGAAAAUUUAUGAGUUAUGGGUGAUAUAAAAAAUGUCAUUGGGUAUUUUUGUAAAUAUAUAAAUUGUAUCUUUGAUUGGAAUACUGAGGAUUUGUUAAAGCCGGAAUAUUUACGAUUGGCAAAACAUAACAAAACGGAUUAUGAUAUAGUGUAUAAAUUAUGGCAGAUUUUAUCCCAUUUAGAACAUCCGAAACUAAAUCAUGUAAACACAUUAACACUAGUUGAAAGUGUAAAAUUAAAUUUUGCUGUAAAUAAUUAUAAAUGUGUGGAAUUUUAUGCGUUGCCCCAAGAUUACAGUUCAAGUAGCCGUGAAUUAUUAAUUGCAUUAGCAUGGUUGAUUUCAAAUACAAAUGUUUUAUCAAAAUUGGUUGAACAGAAAUUAUCAAACUGCACAAUUAAUUACGAGUUUCCCGAAAAACAAUUUCCAAAGGAAAUUGAAUCAAAAAUGAAUUUAUCAAAUGAAAAGGACGCACUACGAUACAUUUCAUUAUUAAUGGGAAAAAUUAAUAAUAAUUUACGUGUGAUAAAUGAUUGUGAUAGAAAAACUAUACAUAACAUGAAAAAGAUUCAUGGUGCUACAAAGUAUGAUAUUGAUAUUCCACAUUUAUCAAUACAUGACGUAACACUGAAUGACCUGCCCAACAGACAAAAACAAUUUUUAAAUGAUAAUCAAGAUGCCAUAAAUUUACUUGAAAUUAGAAACAAAUGGGAGGAAUGCCAGGGAUCAUUUUGGAAAUGGAUGAACACAGUACUUGAUGAAAAGGUAAACGAUAAAACAUCACAUUCAAUCCAAAUACAUCACAGAGAAGAAUUACAAAAUUUUAUAAAACUCUUGAAAUUAGAAGUACACAAACCACCACCGUUACUGGUAAAAAAAGAAAAUGAUCUAAUUAAAACACAUUUAUCAAAUUUCCAUUCGUUAAAUAUUCAACGACAUGUGUGUGUGCCAAAAAAAUCCACUAAAGAAACAAUAACACCUCGAUCAACAGAACAAAUAGAUAUUCUUAGUUAUUUAAUGUCACAAAAAAGGAAUUUGGAUAAAAAUGUUGAGGAAAACUACCAAUCGUUAAAUCGUAUAUCAUUACAAUUAACAGAUCGAUUAAAAAGCGUUUUAUUUGAAAAUAAUAUGAAAGUUAUUUAGCAACUUUCUACUGUGCUGUUAUAUUGGAUGUCUUCAUUAAAUCUGUAUCGUGUGUCGUGAAAUAAGAAAUUCUGUACAUGGCACUUCAUUAAUCGCUAUUUGUGAUAACUAAGGCAUCUGUGAUUUUUAUUUCUUAACAAUUAUCAGUUCCUAUUAUACGAACUAUGCCAUAUAUACAUAUUUUGAUAAGUUUUUUAAUAAAUCUUUCUUUUUAUAUA